GUCACAAUCAGAAUGUCUACGAAAAUGACAACAAUCAAUAACUAUUGCAAAAUAAAUAUAUUCUUAUAACGCUUACUGUGUCGAAACGGUAAAAUGUAUUUACCUAAGCUGGAGCAAUCGAAAGAUGUCCAAACAAAAGUGAAAUCUCUACCGGAAAAAGAAUUCCAAGUAAGAGAAUCCCUACUUACCGAACUUUUUAAAAAUCCUCAUGUAAAAACAGUUCAGCACAUCUUUGUGGCAACAUUUAUAGGUUUGAUGAUGAACACCGUCGUCAAUGAUUAUCGCGAAAAUGGAAAAGUUAGAUGUGGAAUUCACCUAAUAACGCAGAGUUUUGGAAAAAUAACAGUGGUCGCCGGAAUUUGGCUACUUUUAAACUUUAUGGCAACUUUGUGUUACGGUAGUUUUAAAUUGUGGGCCGUUCUUAGGCUAUACUUUGAGCCUAAAUAUGCAGUGCUUAAGAUUUUAGACUAUAGUUUUUUGUCGUUACUGGUGGGUUAUUACAUUUUAUCAUUCAAGACGAUUUCAAUACUAGUGGAAUACUUUGAUUUGCCUAUUGCGUCAUCUGCGAUCGUCUGCGCCGAACAUACCAGACUUAUAAUGAAAAUCCAUGCGUUCGUCAGAAGCAACGCACCGAAUGUUCUCAAAUUCAAAGUCCACAGCGACCAACAGCUCAUUAUUGCAAACCUUUCCCAUUUUAUUUAUUUUUUGUUUGCCCCUACGCUUGUUUACCGGGAUCAAUAUCCCAGAUCAGAAACCAUCCGAUGGAACUUCAUUUUUAAACGAAUCGCUGAAAUUAUUACUGCGAUAUUUUUCUACGCCUUUCUCGUAGAGAAAUACAUGAUCCGACCGUAUAAGCGCAUAGGACUGCAGAAGUUUACUCGCAGUGAAAUAAUUCUUUCCAUUUUUGAGAGCAGUGCAUGCGGGCUAUUAUGCUUGCUAUGCAUAUUCUACGUAGUACUACAUUCAGUGCAAAAUUUAGUGGCAGAACUGUUGCGUUUUGGUGAUAGGUUGUUUUAUAAGGAUUGGUGGACGUCUACGAACUAUGCCGAGUACUUGAGGACAUGGAAUGUGGUGGUUUACGACUGGUUAUAUACGUACAUCUACAAAGACAUGUACAGAUUUAUUGUGCCGGGGAACAAAAUUGUUGCCCAGUACACUGUGUUUAUGAUAUCAGCUAUAGUUCACGAAUGGGUACUUACGUACACUUUUCACUUUUUUUUCCCUGCUUUGUUUAUCCUGUUUCUAUUCUCGGGUAUCGUUAUGACAUACUUUCGCACUCCCAAAUUGGAUAUAAUAAACGUAAUAUUCUGGUACGUGUUAGCAUUGGGGAGUGGGUUUCUUAUCAGUUUAUAUUCCAUGGAAUACUUCGUAAGAAUCAACCUUCCAGUGGAGAAUCCUAUGCUAUGGGAAAAGUUUAUUCCUAGACUCUAUACUUGCGAUUGUAUCGGUUAGCCGUUUUGUUUUUACUUGUUACUAAAUUGAAUUCACCAAUCACCUAGUUCCAAAUUUAUGUAUAGGCAAAGUUUACAGAAUAUUUAUUCUCGUCAAUCUGUUUGUGGAGUUAGAUAUUGAGUGCGCACAAUAGUGAAAAAAUGAAGAAAUCUAGUGUUUCGAUGAAUCGAUUUGAUAAAUUUUAUUUAUGCCAUCGCUUUACUGCAGCGUAAAUGGCUGUAUUACAAAAUAAUAUAGGUAAUGUUUUUGUGAAUGGAACCCGUUUUUGUUAAAAAAUGUUUAAUCCAGCAUAUUUGUAAAAAAUACUAUCUUAAUUAGCGGGUAUUCUGCUUUUAUUAUUUUCCUAUCUUUCGACCACUACCGAACUUCCACAAUCACCUUCAGUUCCUUUGCGAAGGUGGAUUGGAAGGAUGUGAAUUUAUUGCGGACUCGCUAUCAAAAACCAAAGUCGAUAAGACCUCGUAAUUUAAUGAAGCUUACCCUAACACUUCUCGCAACAGUUCUUUUAGAAUUCUUAUGAGGCCCCUUACAAAAACCACACACCAUGAACCUGUGGGAGGAUUAUAAGGCCAUUUAAUAGGUUCGCUUAUUUUAUUAAGGCCAAAUCUCGCAAGUGUGCCAUUAGUGCCGAUACGAUUUGUUCCAUUAUCACUGUAGAUAGUCUUCGGUCGGUCGCGUCGAGCAAUAAAACGUCUCGACGCUUGAAGGAACCCCGUUACUGACAACACCAAUAUACAAAUUCAAGUUUUCUCUCAUGUUUUAAAGUAUAGCGGACCAACAAUAUCAACCUUGUUUGAGUUGUAUUUGCAUUAAAGGGUUUACUAUUCUGUUUCCUACGGAUUACACAUCUAGAGAUUACAGAUUUUAUUGCUCGUCGCCCACCCAAUAUCUAGUACCUUUUUCUUAAUAUGCAGGCAUUGUAUCCCUGUAUGUUUUGGAAAUAUUAAUUGGCUAACCAAUCGGUGCUUUGAAGGCAAUAUUGUGGUCUAAAUCUAAAACAUUCUAGAUAAUACCGGUUAUUUACUACAUCUUAAGAGCAAUACACCAUUCUUGUCUAUAAACAUGUCCUAUUGCAUUAAAUUCAAGUUUUUUGUUCCUAUAUCUUAAGUUGUACAGAAAUCGGAAUAUCCAGACAAUCGAAUUUUGUAUACUUUGAGAAGUAAUUAAGAUGCCACUUCUCUGAGGUCAUAAAGCCACUGUAAUUAUUCAUUAGGGUAGUAAUUGUUAAACUUUUUUUAUUCUCUUGGAUAACCUCUUCUUCAGCGAUUCGUACAGUAUUUUAGUGGAACAGCCCCAAGAUGGCAAAUCGACUGGGUUUGAUAAUCUUGGAAAAUGGUGCCAGCUUUCAGUAGUUGUUGAUUUUCUAAUUUCAUCUACUCUAUUCCAAACAAACGUGGCCCGUUUUUUAAUAUUUUGAACCCAAAAUAACAUAAUGCCAUAAUCCGUACAAAAAUAGGCUUGAUCAUUGAAUCUCAGAUUUUUCUUCGCUUUUUAAAUAGUCGAACACCUAUAACUGCAGUCAUUAUCUGGAUAUUGUUACUUUUCUGGUGCUCUUUUGAAUUUCGCUGCUACCAGAUGAAGAGAAACACUUACAUUAAAUCGAAUAUCUCUCAAAAAUACGACAGCGGCAUAAGAGUUCUUGCCAGAGUCACAAAAUGUAUGCCCUGUCCAUUGCUCAGCGUCACCAGUUCCAGGGCAAAUUCAUCUGAAGAAGAACGAAAAUUAAUGGCUAUUUCUCCUUCAACUGGCGUAUUCCAGUAUAAAGAUUUCUGGAAAGCGUGCUUGGAAGCAAAAUGGAGGGACAAAUAAAUCUUAUCGCGUCAAAAAUACGCUGAGCCAAAGAGAGAAUCAACCUUUUCGUAAUCGGUUUAUCCAGCAAGUAGUCAAAUUGUGUGUUAGCCAUACUUAUGCCUUAAGUAUCUUUAGUCAGCUAGGUCAAUCCAAGGACCUUGGUGUCAAAAUGAGAAUCCGUUUCUCGAAUUUGAUGAGUAUACUCCCACCAAUUGCCGUCUGCCAUUACCAAGGACAACUUCAGAAUAAACUUCUGCAUCGUCUUACAGAGUCGUCCACAUAAAAGCUCUUAGAUAGCUUCAGGAUGGUUCCUCUAAAAUACGGAACUUGUCCUGAUUCACUUAGCCUCACUCGUUAUCGCCAGAUAGUGCUCUAGGGUAGCUGUUUAUACCAAAAACCACAACUGUGAUUGUGUGAUUUUGGAAAAAAGUCUUUCUUAUGUGAGAAAUUACCCCUAUCUUGUUAGUUUUAAAAUCUAAGUUAUAUUUUAGGAAGCAUUGAUUCAAAGAGGGACUGUUUUUCUCUUUAGCUGAAGCGUCGAACACUGACUUUAUCUUCGUGGUAAAAUUAAUUACAUCUUUGAUAACACUGGCCUGUAUGGUAAAUAAUGUUCUUCGCAAUGAGAUCCUUGUUUGUAUACUUCUUCUAUAAUAUUCGCUUCAAGCCAGAAAUUAUCGGUAAGAAAAAAUCUUUGGCGGUCAAAGCUAUUUCUUCACGGGUUUUUUGCUGCACAGGGUCCGUGGUUCCAUAAUGUUUUUAGUUCCAUAGGGAGGCAAGUUCUUCACGAAGAGGAACAAAGCUGUCAUGAAGGUAGUAUCCGAACAUUCUUGAGGUCUUUUCUCCAUCAAGGUCCAUCCUCAUAUCGUUUCCAUUGCUACUAAUCCAUAAGACAAAACGUACCUUCUGCCUGUAUAUAACCUCCCAGUUACAUCUGAUCCAAUUAAUAUUUCAAUGGAGGUUUGUUUUUAAAGAAAGUUUUUAGCUUUGAAGCCAUUAGCGCUGUCGUGAAAACCACUACAAAAUACGCAUUUUACUGCCGUGGUAUUAUUUCUUACGUUAGUAACAGUGGGUGACAAGUCUACAUUCAUUUUAGUGUUGUCCGCAACGGUUUUAUUCCGUCUAAAAUCUCUAUUAUUUCGAUAAACUAAUCCAAAACCUUUUACCGCUAGAGAAACAUACUGCUCGUGCUCUACUUUGUUCUUUAAAAACAACAUAUGGCUUUUUAGACGGCUCUCUAGGGUGGAUUCCCCUUCACCAUUUUGCUCAUUGGACCCAAUUCUAUCUGACGAGGACCCUUGCCAAAUACGAAGCAAAUCCGAUGGAAAACAUGAUUCAAUUAGUGGAACCAGUAUGGCAGCGUAUUUAUCAGAGGUCAUGCCAAGCAUUUGUAACGCCCGCAAUUAAGUAUCUAUUUUAUCGUACGACAGUGAAAGCUCUAUUUUAUUGCCAGACGCAGCGUUGCUAAUUAUUUAUUUUAGUAACUCGCGCAGAUGAACUUCUAUUUGAAGAUCGUCCCUGCCAAAACACAGUUUCACACAGUCUAUGAUUUUUUAAUAGUCACUAGCCGUGGCGGGAAAACUCUACUAAUUGCUUAGCCCUACUAUCGGAAAUUGUAGCCUAAAUUAAAUAUUCGACCUUAUCGCUUAGGGCAAUAUCGGGGUCAUCGUGAACUUCUUUAAAUUGUGAUCACAAUGACACCCAAUUUCUAAUGUGUUUUCUAUUCUAAUACUUGAAUUUUCGCUUACCUUGCAUGCAGAUAUUAAUUUCUGAUAUAUGAGAGCUCACCUCAUUUGAAUCUUGUUUCAAAAUAUGAUUGCAUCGCCCUCACUCCAGUUUCCGAAUUAACGACGGUUCGAAAUGUAUACCAUAUUUUCUUCAACAAAUACUGCUUUACAGACACUUAUUGAGUAACUUUUCAAAAAAUAUAUUCUGGCAAAAAACGUUGCGUAUAUCUGACAAAAAAAUGACAAUCAAAAUCAAUCUUCAAACUUCUUCAAAUCUUCAAACCAUGGCAAUUUGUUUUCUCUUUCAGACCACCAAUAUGUCUGCAUAGGGGCACUAUAAACUAAAGUCUCUUAUCGACACAGAUGAAACAUUUAAUAACCCAUAAAUAAGAUGGUUUCCUUAAAGGUCGAAGCGCCAUUAGUAACUUAGCUUGAUCUACACACAAUUCACUGCAAAAGCUAUAGACGACAGAAGGUAAGUAGGUGUAGUAUACACGGACUUCUCGAAGGCCUUUGGCCGGGCGAACCACAUUGUACCACAUUGAAUCACAUUAAACUGAGAACUUUUGCAUUCUAUGAUGGAAAAUUCAUAAAAUCAUAUCUGUGUAACAGAAUACAAUGGUUAGUAGCGGCGUUCCCCGGGAUAGUAAUUUGGAGCCAGUGAUUUUAUUGUUUUUUAUUAAUGAUGUAGUUGCUAACAAUGCUAACAACAUAUUUUUUUAGUAUUUUUUAAAUAAAAAAAAAUUUGGUUCAUAUUUUUUGCUAGUUAUGAUAAAAUACUUUCCUUGCAUAGCAAGUAAUUUUUCACAACAUUUUGGGUGUACCUUAAGUUAGUUGGUGAAAGGUAAAUAAUAAUUAAUAUAAAAUUUGACGAAAAUGAAGGCGACAAAAGUAAAACAAUAAAUUGUAUUUAAAAGUG